CUCCAGGUUCCUUGAUAGAGAGCAGCAGCAGCUGGAGCACAGCAGCGAGCCGCGCCUUUUUGCUCCUCCUUUGUGGAUCUCUGUGCUCAGGUAACUCAUGCUGAAACUACCGGAAGCAGCCUAGGAAGUACCAGUAGGGAGGACUGAGACUUUUUCACCGCUUUAUUUAUUUUAAGGGGGGAACGAGAAGAAGCGACUGGCACUGAGCCGCUGCGUAAAACCCUCCGACCAAGCAGAGCGUCUUUGUUUGUUUGCAGCGCGCAGGUGAUUUCUGAUGUAGAUGCAUUAGUGUUUAAUGAUUGGAUAAAGCCUACAUGAAGGACAACUUUAUACCCCAGUGGGAAAAGAUAUCCUUACUGCUCUGGAAGACACUUAAAUCAGUAAAGGCUUAAAACUACAAACUGGAUUUCUGGAUUCCUCCUUCCAAGAGAUGGCACGCUGAUCUGCAACCCACUGAAGCAGAGCUUUGAUCAACACUCCGUCUUUUCACUCCUUUUUUAUUUCUUCUCUGACCACCCGUCCAACCGCCGUCACCAUGUCUUCAAAUACCACUGAAUGCUACUAUAAUCAAAAUGUCAGUUUUUUUUAUGAACAGACCGGAAAGAACAUAAGUGUCAAUUGGCGGAAACGUGAUUAUGCAGUGGUCACUUUGGGCUUGACUGUUUGCUUCAUAGUUAUUUUUUCAAACCUUUUGGUAAUAGCAGCCAUUUUUAAAAACCGACGUUUUCACUUCCCCAUCUACUACCUGCUGGGUAAUCUGGCCCUCUCAGACCUCUUCUCAGGUAUCUCCUAUCUCCACUUGAUGUUUCACACUGGUCCCUGGACCAUUAAGCUAUCUCAGUACCAAUGGUUUGUUCGGCAGGGGCUUAUCGACACCAGCCUAACAGCCUCUGUCCUCAACCUGCUUGCUGUAGCUGCAGAAAGACACCAGACUAUUUUUAACAUGCAGCUGCACAGUAAGAUGAGCACACGGAGGGUUAUAAUCGUCAUAUUAUUCAUCUGGAUGGUGGCAAUCAUUAUGGGUCUUUUCCCAACCAUGGGAUGGAACUGUGUGUGCGACCUGGAAAGUUGCUCCACAAUGGCGCCGCUCUACAGCCGUAGCUUCCUGAUAUUUUGGGCUGUUCUUAACUUAGUGACUUUCUCCAUAAUGGUGGCUAUCUACACUAGGAUCUUCCUCUACGUAAGGCACAAAAGCAAGCAGAUGUCAGAGCACACAACCCAGACAAGGCACAAAGAGACCGUACUCGGCUUGAUGAAGACCGUUUCAAUGAUCCUUGGCCUGUUUGUGCUCUGCUGGACACCAGGUCUUGUUCUACUGAUGCUUGACGGUUUUGACUGUAUAUCGUGUAAAGUGCUGCGCUACGAGAAGUACUUCCUGGUGUUAGCCGAGUGCAACUCUUUCGUCAACCCCAUCAUCUACUGCUUCAGGGACAAAGACAUGAGGAGGACCUUCAAGGAGCUGCUGUGCUGUUUGUGCAACCGGAAUCGCGGCCAGACAACACGAGACAAUCACUUUACCACCCUUGAGAACUCGAGACUUCGCACCAUCAGGAAGGAAACGGAUAGCAACCGGUCUUCUCUCAUGAAUGAUGACUAAGAGGACGUCCAUCCUCCAGACAGCUUUAACUGAGGCAGAUGACCCAAACAUGCAUACAGUCCUGAAAAAAAAAAAAUAUCUGUGGAUGAUCGAACACUUUAAAGAAAACUGCUCCAAAUGUCUUCAUCUCCUGGCAACAAACUGUCAUAAAUCCAAGCAACAUCACACUUUUUUUAAGCUUACACUGUCUGCUUUGAAUGUGAACACUGAUCGAUCUUAGUAGGCAGCUGUCUUCACUUUUAGAGAUUCUUCUGCCGAUAUUUUGCCAAAGAGAUGAAUCCAGACAGCUGGAGCACUAAGAGUUGCAUGAUGGUUUGCUUAUGAAGUAAAACUUUAAGGACCGUUACAAUGAAAGGUUUUACUUGUGAAGGAGCAAUGCAAAGUAAGCCUUGCCACACUGUGUAUGCAUCAGCUGCUACAACAACUCGUCAACCUCUUUUCCUGUAAUUUAGAAACCAUACUGAUUUUUUUUUAUUUUUUUUUAUGUAGGUUAAGUUUUUUACAUUAUAUCCUAUGAAUCUGUUUAGCACAUUUGGUAAUGAGUUUCUCCUUUAAGAUAAAAGUAGAUCAUGUAAAGUUAGAGAUCCAGUAAAACAAAUUUCAUUGCGGUGCAAAGCUUCCAGGUUUAAUCAGCGCUCUUUCCCAUUGGUGGAUAUUCUGCUUUGUUUCCCGCUUCAUUUAAAAGCAAAAAAAGGCAGCUGAAUGAAUGCAAUAUAGUUUAAAUAUUAAAUGUUUAUUUCCAAAAGAACUUGUUUUAAACAAGCCAUAAACUGUAAAUAGAAAAUGUGCUAUCUGAGGUUUUAUUGCUGCGUGACUGACGCAUGCUGAGCUAAUUUUGUGAACCUGGUUUUUAAUCUAACAUUUUGAUCUACAGUUGUGUAGCUUGCAGACUUUUAACCGUGCACCAAAGCUAUAAAAGGAUCAAAUUUUGUUCUUUUUUUUUUUUACAGUUUUCAUAAAAAUGCAUACUUUUUUUUCCUCUUAAUUUUAAUAGAUUUUUUCAAAUUGUUUUUUUUAUUUAUUUUUCUCUAAUCAAGAUUUUAUGGUCUCAUGUUUAGCUUAAAAAAUAUCUCAGCUCAAAGUUGCCUCUUGAUGAGCAAAAAUAGAUUUUUCCAAAUAUAUUUAUUGGCAUGCAUCUGAUUUGUUCCCUUCUAUGUAUUUUAUUGGGGUUUGAUGUGAUGGAUCAGCAUUAAGUGCUUCAACAUUGUUAAGAGGAAAAAAAACUGGGGUCAAUAUCUUGUAGAACAACUAUUCAUUACAAUCACAGCUCUAAGUAUUUUGAAAUACAUUCCUUCAACUCAAGUUGAGAGCUUCUGUACAGAGAAGAAUCCUCAGGUCUUUGCCACAGGUUCAGAGGUGAAUUUUAGCCUCAGUCUCAGUUUUUUUUUUUGCAGCCAUGGUUAGAUUUUCAGCCAUUAUUGAAAUGCCUUUUCAACCUUCCCAUCAACUCUGAACAAUUUUCCUCCAUCUGCUGAGGAAAAUCAUCCCCACAGCAUGAUGCUCCCACCACCGUGUUUCAUGGUAGGGGUGGUGUGUUAAGAGGGGCCUGGGAGUAGAUUUAAUCCAUGCAUCAUUCUGGAUGAAUUUUCUGCAGAUAAACAUGAAACAGUGCUUCCUAUGACUUUCCUCCUGCUACUGUUUGAUAAAGGCCUAAUUUGCACUGUGCACAACCAAUAGUUUGGUCAUGAUCUGGUUAACAUAAAACAAGUGCCUGCUUCUACUAAUCGGAUAAUGUUUGAGUGCAGUUGGGUGUUGAUUCUAUGUAGUGGCUUCAGGGUUCAGAUGCAUGCCACAUAUUUUGAGUUUUACUUGUAAAAUAUCUGAAAAUGAUGCAUCAUUAUCCUUUUCCUUCACAUUUGUGUUUGACUUUCUGUUGGUUCAUCACAUAAAAUCCGUAGAAAUGUGUGGUUGUAAAAGGGAAAAGUUGAAGGAAAGUGAAACUUGUCACCCACACAUCUAAAUGCUGACCUUUGUGUUUUUUUUAUAUAUAUAUGAGGCAAGCAAAAUGGCUUGCUAUUUUCUUUUUAAGUGAUUAAAUCCUACAGCAAGUUUCUGCCACAGACUUGAUGCUCAUGCAGUCUUUGUAAAUAUUUACAUUUAACACUUUAAAGGGAUGGUCUUAUGAUCUGUGCUGCAAAGCAGACAUGAGAGCAGCUUGGCUUUAUGCUAAAUCAAACAAAUGAUGCUCUCAGUUUGAAUGCCAGGCUAUGGAACAACCAAGACUAGUAAUACCACAAAUUCAAGACUAAAUCCAUUUAAUAUGAAGUAAAACUGACAUUUACAUGUUAAUCAGUCAAAUGUUA